GUUCCGGUUUUAUAGUUUUAGGACUGUGUUCAUAAUGAUUCAAGUGGCGACAGUGUUUGUGGCGUUAUUGGCGGCCACCAGUUGCCAGCAGCUUCUGCAACAGCAGUUCAGCGUAGUCGAUCCAAACUCCGGUCAAACAGGAUCUGUGGGUUUUAUGCCGAUGAAAGACGACCGUCGCGCGUCCGAGACGAUUCCCGAACGCCGGACAUCCGAAUCAGCUCCUGAAUCGUCAUCACCGCAGAGCAGAGAUUAUUCGGGUGGUCCAGAAUUUUACGGUUACAAUAACUAUCCAGCCAGUUACGGACCACCGAGCUCCAGUUACGGGUCGUCAGAAAUAACUUUUGAACCAUCUGCGCCAGCUGACAACCCGUCGAGUGCUUAUUCCAGUCCAGGUUACAGUCCAUCAUACUAUCCUGGAUAUGGAGAAGAUACGAAAAAAAGAAAACCCAGUUAUGCAACACCCUACUAUCCACCCACGUCGGUGUCCUGUCCGUCGCCGUUCACCAACAACAUACUGACCGACCUGCUGAAGACGGGAAGCACAGCCAAGUUCGGCCUGGUCAAGUCCGUGGUGGCGGCCAUAGCCACUCUGUUCCUGGCCAAGAUACCCAUACUGUUGGCCGUUAAGGCGCUCAUGCUCAAGCUGUUCGUCGUGCCGCUGGCUGUGGUCGUCCUUUCGCUGCCCGUGCUAAUUCCCGCAGCCCUCCUGUUGCAGCCGCUAUGGAAGCGGUGGAAGGAGUUUGUCGGCCUUGACACGUCAUCCAAACAGCCGCAGAUGGUGAUGAUGAUGCCGGCCACGGAUUCCACAAAGCCUGCCAACGACACAUCCGCGACGCCCGCGGCCACCAGGGCACUGGAGAACAACCUGGAGAGUGUGCUCAGCAACCUGCUUGAGUCCGAGAGGUGCAUGGAACGGCUGGCUUGUCAGCUAGGCGUCAGGGACGCCAGAUCCGAGUACAAGCAACAGGUGUCCUGGGUGUUGAAGUUCUUGCAGACGCUCCGCGUAGUUCAGAACAACGAACCGAUCAGAGACAAACUAAAGCAGUAUCGCGAGGCUUACAACUACGGUACUGAGAUGGGGCUUGAUACGGGUGAAGAUGAAAACCUUGUGAAUUCCGUCUGCUCAGAGGUGCGGUAUCCCUGUCGAAGUACUCAAAAAUCACUGCAGAGAAGCACGAGAGCACUAGUGGACUUUGCCGGGUUCUGAUCGUCACGUCAGAUUCGUCUCACGUCUAUAGUACCUAACUGUUGUACAUAAUGCUAUUACAAUGUGUCAAUACAGCCGUGAUAGAUCUAUACUCGACGAGAACCACGUGCACCGAAAUAAUAUUCAUUCACGUCCGAAGAGGAACAGACGUCAUUGUGACCUCGCAAGACAACUCUCAAAUCAUUUUGUUUGUACGAUCAGAGCGAUAUGAUUUGUUCUUUCUUUUCUAAUUUAUUUUAUAUCCAUUAUAUUGAUUAGUGCGUUAUCGCUUAGGUAUUAUAAGAAUAUAUUGAUUUAAUAAUGCUAUAUUUAAUCAUAAAGUUUGAGAAAUUUUAUUACAAUAUGAAAUUAUG